CGAGGAGUCCUAGGGAAUAGACGGUUUCGUAAUCGAUGAAUAGAGAGAGGAUGGGGAAGGCGAAACUCAAGGGCGGGGGUGUGAGUGGGCAUCCGGAGGAUGUGAGGUCGAAGGCGCUGCGGAAGAGGACGGGCACAGAGAAUCUCAAGGAAUCUGUUAUCAAACCUGGCAAACAUCGGGGCAGGGGAAGGGCAAAGGGAAGCACCAGCGGAAGAAUAGGCCCUCUUCACCAACUAGUAUAUGUCUCUAACGGAUGGGCUGCUUGUAUGACACGUCAGUGUGCACUGGCUGCGCUAUCAAGUAUCAAUGAGAAACAGGAUCUGAAAUACGAGCUUGUUGAGCCACAAGGGUGCAUCUACUGCCCAACUCUAUCCAACCUCAGGUUCUUCUAUCAUUGCAACUUUGUUGCAAGGCCUGAAAAUGGAAGUGAAGCUGAUGAUACGCUCUUUUUUGCGGAAUUAGAGGGGGAAAAAGAGAAGAAGACUGGCUGCCAAAUCACUCUCACCCUCCUUUUCUACCACAUUUUAGGGCCCUGUGGUUCUGAGGAAACAGAUCCCCAAGACUGCGAAUUUUGUGCAGCUCUUCCAGAUUUCGUCAAACAUCCUCAAAGCGGCGAUUUCAACAAGUUUGUUGAGCCUGGUGCCGUUUUACCUCGGGCUAGAGUAAAAUGAUGCUAUGAAGAUACUACUUCAACCUAGAUGCUUUGUAUCUUUACUUCGGAUAGCUUCAUCAACUGCACUUCCAGUUCAGGGAAGCUUGAUGAACACUUGAUCAGUACUUUAGUAACUUUUAUGACACCAUCUAAAUUAUUAUAGCCAAGAUGCAUUGUUAUGAUAUACCGAAGUAGUUUUAUUUCAGCCGUUAGUCAGCUCUUAAAUUUGAUCCAGAGUAUUACUAAUGUAAAUAAUGCUACAUAAACUUUAUUGAGCAGCUGUCUGGCUUGGGUAAAUUGAAAGCCAUUGUUAAAGCUUUUCUGGAUACUCUGUUUUAAAGUAUACCAUGUGUUGGCUAUUUUACACCAAAGAGUCGCCCAAGUAAUUAUUUUUACUAUUUUACCA